AUGUCAGUUAACAAGCCAAAUAAUCUAAAAUAUGUAAUGAAUAAACAAAGUAAAUCAAAUUGUCCGAUGAGGCUGAGACUCUAUCUGCACUCAAAACAAGAAAGAAAUCCGAGAGACUAUGCUUGUGGCCCUGAAGCGAUGAAAUUUCGUUGGAGAAGGAUAUUUAGCAUCAAGGUGCUUGGGAUUGUAACUACGUUGCUGUUUAUAUCUUUUCUAUUACCAAGCGGAGCAGUACCAAAUUCAACUGUUCCACAUUUUGAAGGUAAAAGAGCACUAAUUUACUCUCCAUUUUAUAGACUCGCAAGCUCGCUUAACCUCGGAAAAUGGCUUUCGUUGGCUCUACAUGCUACUAAUAAGUAUCAUAAGAUUGGUUUGGACUGGCCAACGCUACCCCUAGAGCAGAAAUGCCGUUUUUAUUUCGAAUCAACAUUGGAAAUAAACCCAACAUGGAAUAAUGAUCAUAUUAAAGACUUCCAUAACGACAAUAAUUUGGAUGACCCCUUGGCAGAGCUUAUGUUAGAACGGAUAAGGAUGUAUGAUUCUUGUUUCAUCAGUGGAGGUUUAUCCACAUCCAAGGUGUUCAAGAGAUCAGUCGUGAAGCCAAACGAUCUUGAAUCGAGAUUAUUCCCUUUCCUCUCAAAGAAGACACCAUUCAGACAUUUGUGGCCUAAAAUGAUACAUGUCAAUCCUUGGACGUUGAUUCCUUCUUUUAGUAACCCAUUGUUAGAAGGUAAAGACACCUGGAAAAUGGAUGAUAAUUAUUCAUUCUUCUAUAAUUGGAAUAAUUUUGCAGAGGGGAAGGGAAUUGUACUGACAUUGGGGCUGAGGCACGGUGACCAGUUCAAGAAGUUACUUCUCACUUUGGAGAAUUUAAAUAAUACACUUCCAAUACAAGUUAUUCACAACGGAUCUGAGCUUACUGAAGCCUUCAUUUACGACAUUCAUUCAUUCUUAAACGCAAAAAAAUUAUCACAGCAGGUUUAUUUUGUCAAUAUUGAACCGUUAAUCGAUGCUUCAUUCGUUGGUCAAUACGUCCAUUAUUUCAUAAAUAAAUGGAUGGCAUUAUUGUUCAAUACCUUUUCUGAAUGUAUUCUACUGGAUGCGGACUCUGUGUCAUUUGCCAGUCUUGAAUCCUAUUUUGAUUUCAAAGGUUAUCAGGACACUGGCAUGCUGUUAUUCAGAGACAGAAAUAUUAUAGGCGAGAAAACUUUUAUUUAUUGUACAGAUACAUUAAAGAAGCUUUUCCCGUCUGUAGAAGAAACCCAUUUCAUGAGCCAUAGAUCUACUUUCCCCCUCGAACUUGUGGAGAAUGAUAAUAUCAAUAUCGAUACUCUAUCUAUGGAAGAGCAGAUAUACUAUAAGUUCUUCCAUAACUUACAACUACAUCACAUAGAUAGUGGAUUAGUUGUAGUUGAUCGAGUUAAAAAAUUAUCUAGUCUACUCAUCUCAACUAUGAUGAAUAUCGAUGGUAAGCUUCAAAGAUGCGUUUACGGCGAUAAAGAAAUAUUUUGGCUUGGCCAAUUGCUCGCCGGAGAGAAAUAUUCUAUAUACCCAACUGAAGGUUCCAUCAUGGGUACCGUUAAAAACAAGCCUGAUGAUACUUUUGAAAUAUGUGGCACCCAAAUGGCUCACGUCAGCACAGAAGGUACUUUACUAUGGUCCAACGGUGGGUUGAAGAAGUGUAAGGUACAAGACUGUGCCGUGGCUGAUUUCGACCACGACCCUGACUAUUUCCAAGAGAAAUACGGCAACCCUGUUGCCUUACAGCAAAUGUAUGAUUCUUCAUUAUCUAUCAGUGGUUAUAUCACGCCGAAUGUUGGGCAAUAUCCCUGGGAAAAAAUCAAGGAGUGUCAUCAGUACACUUAUUGUGCCACAGCAAAAGAAAACGUAGGAACCAUAGUCAAAUUCGAUACCGAUACUAUUUCACGUUUACAAUCUGUUUCGGAUAUCUGGAAUUCAAACGUCAAACUUGAUGAUAACAUGGAAAUAUAG